AGAGAUGCCACACUCGCUCCGCGGUUCGCAUGGCGCUCUGAAGACGCCGGCGCCCGCCGCCUUAAGGAGCCGCUGCCCCCGCUCCCUGAAGAUGGGGGAACAAUGAAAUAAGCCAGAAGAUUCUUCUUCUCCCCCCUCUCUCUCUUGCCCCCUCCCCCCUCCCCUCCCCUUUCCCCUUGACUCCUUUCCGAGGCACCAUGCUGACCCGCCUGUUCAGCGAGCCCGGCCUCCUCUCGGACGUGCCCAAGUUUGCCAGCUGGGGUGACGGCGACGACGACGAGCCGAGGAGUGACAAGGGCGACGCGCCGCCUCCGUCUGCACCGGGGCCGGGGGCUCCGGGGCCCGCUCGGGCUUCCAAGCCGGUCCCCCUUCGAGGAGACGAGGUGCCUGAGGCAGCGCUAGCAGAGGUCAAGGAGGAAGGCGAGCUGGGGGGUGAGGAGGAGGAGGAAGAGGAAGAGGAGGAAGGGUUAGACGAGGCAGAGGGCGAACGACCCAAGAAGCGUGGGCCCAAGAAGCGAAAGAUGACCAAGGCGCGACUGGAGCGCUCCAAGCUGCGGCGGCAGAAGGCGAACGCGCGGGAGCGCAACCGCAUGCACGACCUGAACGCGGCGCUGGACAACCUGCGCAAGGUGGUGCCGUGCUACUCCAAGACCCAGAAGCUGUCCAAGAUUGAGACGUUGCGCCUAGCCAAAAACUACAUCUGGGCGCUCUCAGAGAUCCUGCGCUCCGGCAAGCGGCCCGACCUGGUGUCUUACGUGCAGACGCUGUGCAAGGGUCUGUCGCAGCCCACCACCAACCUGGUGGCCGGCUGCCUGCAGCUCAACUCGCGCAACUUCCUCACGGAGCAGGGCGCUGACGGCGCGGGCCGCUUCCACGGCUCGGGCGGCCCGUUCGCCAUGCACCCCUACCCGUACCCGUGCUCGCGCCUGGCGAGCGCCCAGUGCCAGGCGGCUGGUGGCCUGGGCGGCGGCGCGGCACACGCCCUGCGGACCCACGGCUACUGCGCCGCCUACGAGACCCUGUACGCAGCAGCGGGAGGCGGCGGCGCGAGCCCGGACUACAACAGCUCCGAGUACGAGGGCCCGCUCAGUCCGCCGCUCUGUCUCAAUGGCAACUUCUCGCUCAAGCAGGACUCGUCGCCCGACCACGAAAAGAGCUACCACUACUCUAUGCACUACUCGGCGCUGCCCGGCACGCGGCCCACGGGCCACGGGCUGGUCUUCGGCUCGUCGGCUGUGCGCGGGGCCGUCCAUUCCGAGAAUCUCUUGUCUUACGAUAUGCACCUUCACCAUGACCGGGGCCCCAUGUACGAGGAGCUCAAUGCGUUUUUCCAUAACUGAGACCUCGCCGGCCCUCUUCUUUUUUUCUUUCGCCUUUGCCCACUCCCCUGCCACUGAGCCCCAGGCGCAGGGAAACCCCACCUACCCCGGCGUCGGGCGCGGGGCGUGGACCACCAGUCCUGCAGUUCUCCAGAGCAGCGCGGUCUUCUUACCUGUGGGUGGCCCGUCCCUGGGGCCUCGGUUACCCCAAGGGACAAGCCUUCGCUCUCCCCAAGGGGUUCCCUCCUCCUCUCUCCCAGGAAGUGUUUCUCCAGGGAACCCGCUCCCGGCGCUCCCUGGAGACCCUCCGCCCGCCCAUUUCCAAUCCCUUCGCUUAGGUUCCUCUCCCCCUCUCCCUUGCAGGCCCUAAGGCGUUGGGUAAGGGGGCAGCUGAGCUGUGGGAUGCGAUUUCCCCCCCUUUCAUUAUUAUUAUUUUAAAAACAGACACCGAGCUGCUGAGGCAGAAGGAACUGGGCCCCCCUCUUUUUUGAAGAGGGUAGAAGUAAGGCCACCCCAGUGCGGGCCUGGAACGCCUCCACCUCCAAUCCCGAGUCUCGGCAUUUUACGGUUUUAAUUUUGGCGGGAGGGGAUGUGGAUUGAGUGGAGAGAGGCCAAGACAAUUUGUAACUAGAAUCCGUUCACCCCUUUCCCCUUUUUUAAACUAACAAACAU